CCUGGAAGCCAUGGGAAACAGUCCUUGGAAAGGCAACUCCGUGUGACGAGAUUGUGUGGUUCUCCCCCUUUCUGCUCAGCACACGGCUGCGGAGAGCCCGCCUACUCCCCCGUCCGAACCGGGAGGGUAGUGAACGGAGAAGAUGCCAUUCCUUACAGCUGGCCCUGGCAGGUGUCCCUGCAAUUUGAGGCCGGAGGCUACUACUCACCCCUCUGCGGGGGGAGCCUCAUCCACCCCAACUGGGUGAUGACCGCCGCACACUGCAUCUUUCCACAGUACCAAAACAAAGUCGUCCUGGGGGAAUAUAACCUGGCCAAGGUGGAGAGCCCGGAACAGGAGAUUUUGAUCAACCCCGAGGACUUCUUCGUGCACCCUGGCUGGAACCCCAACUGCAUCUCCUGCGGGAACGACAUCGCCCUGAUCAAACUCUCCCAUCCGGCCGUUCUCAACGACAAGGUGCAGCCAGCGUGCCUCCCCCCACGAGGAGAGGUGCUCCCCGACUAUUAUCCCUGCUACAUCACUGGCUGGGGCACGCUCUACACCGGCGGCCCCAUGCCUGACAACCUUCAGCAGGCGCUUCUGCCAGUCGUGGACUAUGCACAUUGCUCCCAGCCGGACUGGUGGGGAUCCACGGUCAAGCAGAGCAUGGUGUGUGCCGGUGGGGACAUCAAAUCCGGAUGCAAC